AUUUUAUUUUAUCCACGGCUUAAACCCCAAAACCCUCCUCGUAGUUCGAGCUACUAUACAAGUACGGCUGAUUCGUGAAGCGAGCUUCCACUUGUUCGAAUCACAUAGAAUGGCCACCGCCGCCGCUUCCGCCGCUGCCAGAUCCUUUUUCCGGUCGUCCUCCGUUCUAAACUCCGUCAGCAGGGUGGCACAUGAAUCCAAAGCGGCGCGCGCCCCUUUCCGCAUCGCUUCCAGAAGUCCUCUAGGUUCUCGCAUCUUCAGGUGUCCGGUAGAGUUGAGCGCCUUUGGACACUCGAUGCAGCCCUACCACACGGCCACUGCUUUGGCUUUAAUGAACUCAAUGCUUACCGUCUCUCCCCGCAGCUUCGGUUGGCUUUCGGAAGGUAUCUAGCAACACCUAUAGGAUACUCUUUUAAGAACUUGCCUGCAUUGAUGAUGCAUGACCUGUGUUGUGUCAUUUGAGGGUUCAAGCAAGUUUCCUGUUCCUGUGGAGUAUGCUGUCACUAUGGUUACACAAUCCAGAUUCCACAAUAAAAUGGCAGCAAGAUGUCCUCUCAUCAAACCAAAAUAUUUUCCAAGUUUUGUCUGUUUCAAGACCUAUGAUCUUUUUACUUUAGUAUUUAAUUUAAUGUAUGAUAUAUUCUCCUGAAUUUUACCAAAAGAAAUAUAGUAAAACCAAGCUACACUUUUGCAGUCAUGAAAAUUUUCUA